UCACGAUAGCAUUUGUACUUUUGUCAGCACCAAGCAAGUGUCAUGGCCGCGUAUGGCCAGCGACCGAUCGAGUACCCCGAGGGGGUAUUUGCAGACGUGAACUGGGCGCCCGUGAUCGGCACCUCUGCCCGCACCGACCUCACGCGGCCGUACUCGACGUACAGCGCGACCUGCGACGACGUGAAACUCACCUACCCUGUCACCUAUCCGCCCCUGAGCCCCACCUCAGACCGCGCGUGCGUGUUGACGCCGUCUCCAGGUAAGGUUUACCGCGGCGGACUGGACGCGUACAUCCGAAACCAAGCUCAAAACGGCCUCGUGCACAAGUUGAAGGGCGCCGCGGGGUUCACCGUGUCUCAUGUUGAGAGCUUGCCGUCAUGGGCAGAUAUCAUCAUCUUGGCCAACUUGGGUAUUGACACUCUGGCCAACACUUUCCAAGCUACGACCAAGGCUACGAGCUUGCACUUGCCAUUCAACUCGAUAAAGGACUUGUCCACCACGCAAUUUCCUCUCCAGUUGGCCACGUUGAGCGUCCACCACAACAAAGUCGUGUCGUUCAACACGCUCUCCGCCGCUGGUCUCAAGUACUUGGAUUUGAGUUUCAACAACAUGUCGUCGUUGAAAACAACAGUCUUCCCCGACUCGCUUCGCCAAUUGUACCUCUUCAACAACCCGAGCCUCGUGCUACACAAGGCGACGUUCCCCCCCAUCCUACAGACAUUGCACGCCCACAACUGCAACCUGUCGUCCAUUGGCUCGGUCUCGUGGCCCCCCAUGCUCGAUGACUUGAUUCUCGCCAACAAUAACAUCGCGUCCAUUGCCAACACUUCGUUUCCACCGGCCCUGUCGUCGUUAAACCUCGCCAACAACCACAUCAACGAACUCAAGGCAAAUUUCCCGUCCACGUUGCGGUUCCUGUACCUUGGGGGCAACCCCAUCACGGCGUUUUACGCCAACGAGUCGCAGUUUGACAUUCUCGCGUCGUUGCAAAACCCACAAAAGGCGACCGCUGCUUCAUGUGGCGAAGCUGAGGUAUACCCCGGGGACUGCAGUAUUGUAUUGGACACGACGGCGACCAACUCGACAUGCACGGGGCACACGAGCGUCCGGCUGCUGUGGAAUACGUUUCCCAUUUGCAUCGUGCCGGACGAUCCGCGGAGUUUCAAGUCGGGGAAGAACGAGUACAACCGGUCUAAGUUUUGGAACACGACCGCCGCCCCCCCCACUGGCCCCGACGGGAUGCUGCCGUGGAAGGGGGGCGGCGGCCAUGGAAAUCAAGGGGGAGAGGGUUCCUCUUCGUCUAUGCUCGUGGGGGGCGUCUUGGUCGGAGUCGUCGUGAUCCUCGGCGCGUAUUACGCGUACCGGCAGUUCCAACAGCGCCAAGCGUGCCAAUGGUACAACGAAGUCAUGACCAAAGGAAACAAGCAGUUUGUGGACAGUGACAACGCCGCGACGACGGACCAGUGCGACAUCCACCACGAUAUCCGGCACGACCCGUCGUUUGCAGUGUUUCGCAUCCCCGCGACCAACAUCGAGCGCGGCGCCGUGGUCGCGCGCGGGGGCUACGGCAUCGUGUACAUUGCGACGCUGCGGACGGUCGGGAAACCUCCGACACAGGUCGCGAUGAAGCAAAUGCUACCCGAGAAAGGGCACAACGUGGACGCGAUCGAAGCGUUUAUGGACGAGAUCCGGGUCAGCGCACGGCUGUACCACCCCAAGAUCGUGUCGUUUAUCGGGAUGUCGUGGACGAAUUUGAUGAAUUUGUCCAUGAUCAACGAGUACAUGGGAGGCGGAGACCUGUGGUCGCUCCUCGAGGUGAAUCGCACGCAGCGCCGCGUCGACUGGAACGUGCGGGGAACGUUCCGUGUGGAUUUCGGCCGGUCGUGGCUGUCUAGCACGACUGCAUCGGCGGCGGCCAACAAAGCGCUGCUCCACGCCGGCUUGAACGACCCGAACGUGCCGUUUUCCAAGUUUUCCGUGCUCUUGGACAUGUCGCAGGCGCUGCAAUACCUCCACUCACCGGACAUCAACAUCAUCCAUCGCGACCUCAAGGCCAAAAACGUCUUGCUCGGCGGCGACCGCGGCGUGGCCAAGCUUACAGACUUUGGCACGAGCCGAGAGACUAUGGAAGAUCAAACGAUGACGGCCGAGAUUGGUACCGUACCGUGGAUCGCCCCCGAGGUGCUCAUGGGCGUGCGGUACACGAAAAAGGCAGACAUAUACUCGUUCGGCGUGCUUAUGUCCGAGAUCGACCUGUGCAUCGUCCCGUAUUCCGAUCUCAAGAUGAUCGUACCCAGUGCCGGCGUCAGCGUCGCCAUGGCCAAAGCGCGCAUUUCCAUGAUGGUCGUGUCCGGGGAACUGCGGCCAUCGUUCUCCAAGAAUUGCCCCCAAGCCAUGAUUGAGAUCGCGCAACGAUGCCUGGCCUUUGACCCCGCGGACCGCCCCAGUGCCGAUGAAUUAGUAUCGUGGUUCACGCAGUUUCUGGAAUAACCUUGUCAAAAAGUACAUGUUUUGUGAA